GCACGGUGGUGGGUUGAGGAGGGUGAGUGGGGAGAGCGAGCAAGGCCCCGCCAGCUGCGUGUUGACUAGUUUACAAAGAGCCGUGUUCAGCGUCACAUCUAAGGAGAACAGACAGUGCCUGUCGGAUUACCGUCGCCAGCCAUGGGGCAUGAAGGGGCCGCCGGAGAUUGGAGGAACACACAGCGGCCCACGGGGGCGACGGGGGUGGUUGUAGUGUCUGUCUUAGUGUUCCUUUUUGGCUCUGCUAGCCUCGCAUCAGGCUCGCAUCAUCACAUUUGCCCACCAUUCAUGAGCAGCGUCAAGCUCAUUCCUUACGAGACAGCCUAUUUUACCUCCAGUGCCUUAGAGGUGAGAUUCAGAGUGGAGGCUGAAGGGUGCGUUAACGAUACUCUGGUGUUGCCCUUGAGUGGACUCAAAGUGAGCAACCAAACUUCUGAAGUAUAUUACAGUCCGUGGUAUGAGUUCAGCUUCAUAAACUGUGGAAACUAUGUAGUAGAAAUUGGGUCAAAAACAGUAAAGUUGAAGCAUUCAUCAAAUAUGUGCCUUUACAAACCCAUCACCGUGAGUACACUUGUGGAGUCCCCGACCCUCCUGGGGAGGCAGUGCUCGAAGACAAGGAGAAGGAAGGAUGAGGUGCAGAAAGGAAAAACAGCAUGCAGGGCGCUGACGGAAGUGGUAGACACGAGUCGCCCCAACACCAAGCCUACAUUAGGCGAUGCAGACAUGCUUUGGGAUUUGCUUGAAAAACAGAAACAAUUUGAUAUGUCAGAUUUGUUAUCUAAUCCCAGUUUAACUGAAAGUGGCAAAGACGAUGGCAAAAGCCUCUUCGAUACACCAGGUUUGUUCUUUGGCGGGGAGCAGGAACCCACGGAAGGCAAGGUGCCCAAUGUGACCAAUGGGUACAUCAGCGACGCGUUGAAGCCCCAGUCAUUCAACUUCAAUGACUUCUUCCCAGGCGCGCCCCCGACUCUACCCUCCAACAACCUGGAUACAGAUGAUUUCUUCGAAAAUGAAACAUUCUCCAAAGGACGGAAUUACAAGGAGAACUCUAUCCCCAUCUUCAUUGGUAUCGUGGCCUUCACGGUGAGCAUGUGUCUUAGGUUCUGCUUAUGCCGCGGCAAGAGCGUGGUGCGGCGCGUCACCACCGUCACUGUAAUCAGAAGCCGCCCUGCGAACUCCGACGCGGCUCAGGACCAGCAGGACCUGCCACCGGCCUAUGUCGACGUUGUGAAUGAGAACACGGAUCCUGGCAGUCCCACAGACGACACCUGCACUGAACCCCCACCCCCCGCCUAUGCAGAUAUAGCGCACGAAGUUCUGCCGCCCACCUAUUCCGAGGUGGAAGCUCAGUCCAUUCCCCCCGCCGAGGCAGCAUCUCUGGCAAACCAGGAGAGUGCGACGCAACCUUCGUCCCCGCCGCCAGACCCUGGGCUUGUCCACGAUGACAAAGACUCGGGAGCUUCUAGAAGCAUGCUAUCAAAAUACAGAUCUCAGCAGAAACAGUAUGCCUUCAAGGUGUUGGACGAGGACGAGUGAGGCCGCCGACGGCCAUUACUGCAUGUCCCAGGGCAGGUGCUGUCAUCGGCGGCGACACCAUCGCAACGAGAAUCUCCAAGGAAGUAAUCUCAGCAGCUGUGGACGACCAACAUUUGGCCGGGGUGACCACAGCACGCAGUAACCACCUUGUCCCAGGUUAUUUAUACGUGCUCGCUGCCUAGGCAGCAUGCAUGCUUAUGUAGUUAGCAGGUAGGUAGGACUGUAAGUCGUUUUUAGUUAACAAAAAAAAAAAAUACAUGAAAGUAAGAAUGACCACUGAUGUAUUGCAGUCACAGUAUUUUUACACACGUGUAUGUUGAUGAAAAUAUUACUGAAAACUAAUAUUGAACACAUGCAGGCCAUGCAUUAAUUUGUAAGUCAUAGUAUUUUUGUACUCAUGUUUUAAAUAUAUAUAUAUAUAUAUAUAUAUAUAUAUAUAUAUAUAUAUAUAUAUAUAUAUAUAUAUAUAUAUAUAUAUAUAUAUAUAUAUAUAUAUAUAUAUAUAUAUAUAUAUAUAUAUAUAUAUAUAUAUAUAUAUAUAUAUAUAUAUAUAUAUGAUAAAAUUGUUAGAAGUAUGAUUUCCUCUCCAACAUGUGAUAGUAGUGUUAAGAAAUGUGAUGUGGACUGCCGAGCGUGUCAGUCAAGGAGGGAAGGAAGGAAGGCUUCGGUGUCUACAGAUCAACAUUCUUUUUUCUUUUAUAAUUUUUAUAAGUAUCAUUAUUAAUAAUUUUUAAUCAUUAUUUUUCAUUGUCCUCUUCCGCCCCCCUCACAUGUAUUUAAUCUGGCAGUCCCGAUUCAAGUGUAGAGUUUAGGUUAGUCAGUUAACGGUGUAAGAAAUUUGUUUAGAUGACUGUUAUUCGCCGUUUAUCACUAUCGUUAUUUUUCCUUCAACAAUCUCAGAUCACUCUCCCUUUCCUCUCAGCCCCAAAUGUGUGUGUGUGUGUGUGUGUGUGUGUGUGUGUGUGUGUGUGUGUGUGUGUGUGUGUGUGUGUGCACUCCUUUCACCCUUCCCUCCCCUCGCCCCACACUAUGAGCUGUGUGCUGUGCCUCCGCCUGAAGACCGAUACUUUUUUUCUAUGAAAGAAAUGAUAAUGAUGAUAAUAAUAUUCUAAUACUGUAA